CCGUAGCUCAAGUGAGAUCAUCGAGUUCCCCUUCCCUCAAAAUUAGGGUUCAAAUCCUCGAAAUCUAUCUGUUUUUCUUUUGUAUAUUGCUUACGAUUGCUUGAAUUCAAACAGGAAAAUUUACGCGAGAUACGAUGUCGGGCCGUGGGAAGGGAGGGAAGGGGUUGGGGAAGGGCGGCGCGAAGCGGCACCGGAAGGUCCUCCGGGAUAACAUCCAGGGGAUCACGAAGCCGGCGAUCCGGCGUUUGGCGAGGAGAGGUGGGGUGAAGCGGAUCAGUGGCUUGAUCUACGAGGAGACAAGGGGGGUUCUCAAGGUCUUCUUGGAGAAUGUGAUCCGGGACGCCGUCACCUACACCGAGCACGCCCGUCGGAAGACCGUCACCGCCAUGGACGUUGUCUACGCCCUCAAGAGGCAGGGCCGGACUCUCUAUGGAUUCGGUGGUUAGGACUUCUACUCUAUGAAAAGUCUUGCUGUCAAGAAAAUGACCAAAAAUAGAGAAAUUGAUGAAAAGAAAAGUUGGGAACUUUGGUAGGGUGUCUGUUGUAGGUGUCAUCUGUCGAUGUUGUCCUCUUUUUUAUUCUGUGUUGUUCUUGUCAUGUUUACUGGAAGGAACUCCUUUUGUAAAUGUUAAUGUACUUUUUAAUCCAUGAAUGCAGUGCCCCAUUGUUCUCUCAAUUA